UGAAAUAGCAAGAAGUCACAGUAGAGAAAGGGAUGGAAAAUGCUACAGCUAUGUAUGCGACAAGACUUGUAAGAAAACAACCCGAAUUGAGACACGAUGUGAACAUACUACUACCCCAACCCCUCCAACCACCACAACAUGUGCCUGUCACCAUGAGGGAAGACUGUAUAUGCCAGGUGAUGAAAUAGCAAGAAGUCACAGUAGAGAAAGGGGUGGAAAAUGCUACAGCCAUGUAUGCGACGAGACUUGUAAGAAAACAACCCGAAUUGAGAUAGGAUGUGAACAUACUACUACCCCCCGAACAACAACAACACACCCACCCACCACCACAUCAUGUGCCUGUCAUCACGAGGGAAGAAUGUACAUGGAAGGUGAUGAAAUAGCAAGAAGUCACAGUAGAGAAAGGGAUGGAAAAUGCUACAGCUAUGUAUGCGACAAGACUUGUAAGAAAACAACCCGAAUUGAGACACGAUGUGAACAUACUACUACCCCAACCCCUCCAACCACCACAACAUGUGCCUGUCACCAUGAGGGAAGACUGUAUAUGCCAGGUGAUGAAAUAGCAAGAAGUCACAGUAGAGAAAGGGGUGGAAAAUGCUACAGCCAUGUAUGCGACGAGACUUGUAAGAAAACAACCCGAAUUGAGAUAGGAUGUGAACAUACUACUACCCCCCGAACAACAACAACACACCCACCCACCACCACAUCAUGUGCCUGUCAUCACGAGGGAAGAAUGUACAUGGAAGGUGAUGAAAUAGCAAGAAGUCACAGUAGAGAAAGGGAUGGAAAAUGCUACAGCUAUGUAUGCGACAAGACUUGUAAGAAAACAACCCGAAUUGAGACACGAUGUGAACAUACUACUACCCCAACCCCUCCAACCACCACAACAUGUGCCUGUCACCAUGAGGGAAGACUGUAUAUGCCAGGUGAUGAAAUAGCAAGAAGUCACAGUAGAGAAAGGGGUGGAAAAUGCUACAGCCAUGUAUGCGACGAGACUUGUAAGAAAACAACCCGAAUUGAGAUAGGAUGUGAACAUACUACUACCCCCCGAACAACAACAACACACCCACCCACCACCACAUCAUGUGCCUGUCAUCACGAGGGAAGAAUGUACAUGGAAGGUGAUGAAAUAGCAAGAAGUCACAGUAGAGAAAGGGAUGGAAAAUGCUACAGCUAUGUAUGCGACAAGACUUGUAAGAAAACAACCCGAAUUGAGACACGAUGUGAACAUACUACUACCCCAACCCCUCCAACCACCACAACAUGUGCCUGUCACCAUGAGGGAAGACUGUAUAUGCCAGGUGAUGAAAUAGCAAGAAGUCACAGUAGAGAAAGAGAUGGAAAAUGCUACAGUCAUGUAUGCGAUGAGACUUGUAAGAAAACAACCCGAAUUGAGACAUCAUGUGAACAAACGACUACACCACAAACAAUAACAACCCCUCCAACCACCACAUCAUGUGUCUGUCACCAUGAGGGAAGAAUAUACAUGCCAGGUGAUGAAAUAGCAAGAAGUCACAGUAGAGAAAGGGAUGGAAAAUGCUACAGCCAUAUAUGCGACGAGACAUGUAAGAAAACAACCCGAAUUGAGACAUCAUGUGAACAAACGACUACACCACAAACAAGAACAACCCCUCCAACCACCACAUCAUGUGUCUGUCACCAUGAGGGAAGAAUAUACAUGCCAGGUGAUGAAAUAGCAAGAAGUCACAGUAGAGAAAGGGAUGGAAAAUGCUACAGCCAUAUAUGCGACGAGACUUGUAAGAAAACAACCCGAAUUGAGACAUCAUGUGAACAAACGACUACACCACAAACAAGAACAACCCCUCCAACCACCACAUCAUGUGUCUGUCACCAUGAGGGAAGAAUAUACAUGCCAGGUGAUGAAAUAACAAGAAGCGGCAGUAGAGAAAGGAAUGGAAAAUGCUACAGCCAUGUAUGUGACGAGACUUGUAAGAAAACAACCCGAAUUGAGACAUCAUGUGAACAAACCACUACACCACAAAUAAGAACAACCCAUCCAACCACCACAUCAUGUGCCUGUUAUCACGAGGGAAGAACGUAUCUGGAAGGUGAUGAAAUAGCAAGAAGUCACAGUAGAGAAAGGGAUGGAAAAUGCUACAGCCAUGUAUGCGAUGAGACUUGUAAGAAAACAACCCGAAUUGAGACAUCAUGUGAACAAACGACUACACCACAAACAAGAACAACCCCUCCAACCACCACAUCAUGUGUCUGUCACCAUGAGGGAAGAAUAUACAUGCCAGGUGAUGAAAUAGCAAGAAGCGGCAGUAGAGAAAGGGAUGGAAAAUGCUACAGCCAUGUAUGUGACGAGACUUGUAAGAAAACAACCCGAAUUGAGACAUCAUGUGAACAAACCACUACACCACGAAUAAGAACAACCCAUCCAACCACAACAUCAUGUGCCUGUUAUCACGAGGGAAGAACGUAUCUGGAAGGUGAUGAAAUAGCAAGAAGUCACAGUAGAGAAAGGGAUGGAAAAUGCUACAGCCAUGUAUGCGACGAGACUUGUAAGAAAACAACCCGAAUUGAGACAUCAUGUGAACAAACGACUACACCACAAACAAGAACAACCCCUCCAACCACCACAUCAUGUGUCUGUCACCAUGAGGGAAGAAUAUACAUGCCAGGUGAUGAAAUAUUAAGAAGCGGCAGUAGAGAAAGGAAUGGAAAAUGCUACCGUCAUGUAUGUGACGAGACUUGUAAGAAAACAACCCGAAUUGAGACAUCAUGUGAACAAACCACUACACCACGAAUAAGAACAACUCAUCCAACCACCACAUCAUGUGCCUGUUAUCAUGAGGGAAGAACAUAUCUGGAAGGUGAUGAAAUAGCAAGAAGUCACAGUAGAGAAAGGGAUGGAAAAUGCUACAGCCAUGUAUGCGACAAGACUUGUAAGAAAACAACCCGAAUUGAGACAUCAUGUGAACAAACGACUACACCACAAACUAAAACAACUCCUCCAACCACCACAAAAUGUGUCUGUUACCAUGAGGGAAGAAUGUAUAUGCCAGGUGAGGAAAUAGCAAGGAGUGACAGCAGAGAAAAGGAUGGAAAAUGCUACAGCCAUGUAUGUGACAGCUCUUGUAUGUCAACAACCCGGCAUGAGAAGCAGUGUACAACAAUUAAACCACCAACAAAAUCUGUUACAACAAGCCCUCCAACCAGAACACACACCACACAAUGUUCCUGUUAUCAUAAUGGAAAAGUAUAUAUACCAGGCGAGGAAGUUACAAGAAGUACAAUUCUUGAAAAAUGCUACAAAUUUGUAUGUGACGGCAAUUGUGGGGAAUUGCCUGCAACUGAGAUAUCUUGUACGACAACACCAACAACUACACCAACUACAACUAAACCAACCACCAAAUCCACCGUCACUACAAUCAGCACAACUACUCCAUGCGUGCCCCAUACAAACUGGCAGAUUGCUAAUUGCACCAAAGCAGUAUGCAGUUCAGAGGGCCAACUACAGAUUGUUCAAAAAUCUUGCACAUCUCCACCAGUGAUUACCUGUGCCAACAAAAUGAAGCCAAUUGCUGUGCCUGAUGGUGACUCCUGUUGCUGGCAUUGGGAGUGCCCAUGUAUGUGUGGUGGUUGGGAAGAUCACUAUCUUACUUUUGAUGGAACCUAUUAUACAUAUCAAGGAAACUGCACCUAUGUUCUUGCAGAAGAAAUUGUAAAAACAGUUGAUAACUUUGGCAUUUAUCUUGACAAUUAUGACUGUGGAGAUACACUUGGAAUUACCUGCCCACGCCACCUUACUGUACGACAUGAAACUCAGGAAAUUAUCAUUUCACACAAAACCAUCUCUCCUAUAAGCUUAGAGACUCGUGUAAAUGGAAAUCUUGUAUUGCUUCCAUACACAAAACAAGGAGUAAAAGUUUACAAAUCUGGAGUAUAUUUUGUAGCUGAAAUACCAGAACUGCAAACCAUUGUCACUUAUGAUGGUUUGACCUUCACUAUAAAGAUAUCACAUGGAAAGUUUUUUAACAACAUACAUGGACAAUGUGGUACUUGCACCAAUAACCAAGCUGAUGACUGUAGGAUGGCUAAUGGUAAAAUUGCAACUAAUUGUGAAGCUAUGGCUGAUUCUUUUAUGGUGCAUGACCCAGCCAAGCCUCAUUGCAAGAGAAUUCCUCGAGUACACCCUACAAUACCGCCAACUUGCAAAUCUUCUCUCUGUGAUCUCAUCAUGGGACCGGUUUUCCAAAAAUGUCAUGAAAUCCAUUCACCAGAACCUUUCUACCAAGCCUGCCUUGUGGACAGCUGCAAUAAGGACAACUCACACAAGCAAUGUACAAGUUUACAACAUUAUGCUUCAAUCUGCGGUGAUCGUGGUGUCUGCAUUCAGUGGAGAAGCCAUGCCCCAGCUUGUCCAUUUACUUGUCCUUCUAACAAAGUGUAUGAUGCAUGUGGCCCGGCUCUCCCCAAAACCUGCCAAACUGCGCCAAUGGAUGCAAUAGAACUGAACAAUUACAAACGUGUUGUGGAAGGCUGCUUCUGUGCCAAAGGUAGCAUGCCAUUUAGCAUGGCAAUCGAUGCCUGCGUAAGCGACUGUGGAUGUGUUGGGCCAGACAACAUUCCCCGCAAGUAUGGAGAAUCCUUUGAAUUUAACUGUGAAACCUGCACAUGUUUGGAGGGUGGUAGUGGAAUAACCUGCCAAAAACGGGAGUGCCAUCAUGUAAGAAAAGAAGGGUGUACUCGGGAAGGCUUCUAUCAAGUUACUCAGAUCAGUGCUACAAACAAGUGUUGCGAAGAAACUGUAUGCAGAUGUGACCCAAGUCGGUGCUCACGUACCUUCCCUAAAUGUGGACCUGGAUUUGAACUUAAGGGGGACAUCGAGGAAGGCCAUUGUUGUCCUACUUAUGCUUGUAAACCAAAACACGUUUGUGUUAGUGGCAACGCUGAAUACUUGCCUGGGUCUCAUGUUUACACAGAGAAGUGUGAGAACUGUAUCUGUGCACAUGAUGGAAAUAAUUUUACAAUAGCCUGCCAUCCAUUUGCCUGCAACAUACACUGCCCAGCUGGUUUUAAGGUGAAGAAAAAUUCCCCAUCUGACUGUUGUGGUACUUGUGUGCAAACCAAUUGUGUGGUGAAGUAUGAAGGCUCCUACAGGCUUAUGAAUCCUGGAGAUGAACUGCCCUCCAUGAAUGAUAACUGCACAAUGUAUAAAUGCUCAUUAAUCAAUGAUCAGUUCGUCACCACUGUCUCCCAAACCUCUUGCCCCACAUUAAAUGAAGAAGACUGUGAGCCUGGAAGCAUUCAACAUAAUGGAUGCUGUAAAACAUGUAUCCAAAAGAAGAGCUCCUGCAUGCUACAGGCAGUUGAUGAUUACUUGACCUACCAAGGGUGCACAUCAGUGACAAGGGUCAGAAUGUCUCGCUGUGAGGGAUCUUGUGGAACCUUUUCAAUGUACUCUUCUGAAGAACGUACUAUGUCCAAAAAAUGUUCUUGCUGCCAAGAGGUUCAGACUGCAAGAAAUAAAGUCACCCUGAGGUGCCCUGAUGGAACAUUAAUUGAUCAUGAGUACAUUGAUGUGCAGGAGUGCAAGUGUACUGGCACUAAAUGUCAUGAUGGAAACGUCUAGUAUAAACAUUUAAAUCUUUAAGGAGGUAUUCUAAUUAAAUAAAAAAAAUUAUAUAAUUAUCUCUUUACUUUCAAAAAAUAUUAUUCUUGAUUUGUUUGAUUUAUACCUUU